UGUCCGAUUAUAUCAAACAACACUGUGGUGCGUGAAAAACAAAAUGCUAAGUCGCGAACUCGGUUCCAUUCCAUCUAAUAGUAGUAGUAGUAGUAGUAGUGAAUGAGCUUUCAUUCGUUUCGGCGAGGGAUUAGAUUUUGUACUCGUGAAUUGGGUCAGGUUAUUUGGCGCCAUGAAUCUUCUUGGAAAAGCUCUCGUUUUUGUAUUGAUGGGUUGUGCUUCCACCCAGAAUUUUGGUCAACCACCGGAAGGCUUUGGAAAUCAAGGAAGAUUCGAUUUUGGUAACAAUGGAAAUAGUCCAUUUGGUAGCGGUGGAAACAGUCCAUUUGGUAGCGGUGGAAACAGUCCAUUUGGUAGCGGUGGAAAUAGUCCAUUUGGUAACAGUGGAAAUAGUCCCUUUGGGGGCAACGCAAAUGGACCAUUUGGAGAUAAUCCAGAGCUAAAUCAAGUUAUGAUGCAGGGUAAAUCUUUCUUUGAUCUGAUCCCUCACUUACUUAAGCAGAAAUGUGACGAAUCUGGACAUUCUGACGUACUUCAGUCUAUUCAGGAACAGUUAGGUCAAACUCAAAAAUGCCUGAAAGACAAAGUCAAUUUAGACGGAGAAAAACUUGCUGAUGAAUUUGCUGGUGCUUCACGAACUGGCGAACUCGACAACUUUUUUAAGAAAAACUGUAAGGUUUGGCCUGACAUCCAUGGAUGUGUUCAGCCUAUGGUGACUUCUGCGGAGAAAUGUUUGACUAGCGAUGAAAAGCGCACCGUUGAAAAGUUAUUUUCUCUCGCCGAUGACACGAAUACUUUCUUCUGCGAGAACAAUGCCGAUCGCCUUAAGAAACUACUUAGUGGUAAUCUUGCGCAAUGUAUGGAAACUGUAGGUAAAGAUGUCCAAGAAUGUGCAGCCAAAACCCUGCAGAAUAGGCAAAAACAACAACAACAACAACAAAAACAACAAACCAGCGAUAAAAAGGUCAUAUUCAGUUUUGAUGAAGAAACCUGUAGUGACUUCCAGUCUGGACGUAAAUGCGUCACCUCAAAAGUAGCUAAAUGUGAAUCAAAAGAUACUUCCAAAAUCGUAGAUGACUAUUUAGCACUGGUUCAAGACCAUGUUUGCAGUUCAGCGUCAAGCUUGUCUUGGUUUUCGUUUGCUAAUAUUUUGUUAUUGGUAGGAACCUACUUGUAUUCUAGGAUGUUCUAAGCCUUUCUGGUGUACAAGAACUAGUUAAACAACUGGCUACCUCACGAACAUUCUUGAAUAUAAAUGCUUCUGGCCAAAUAUUAUGACUGUAAUAGGUAUGCAUAACUUUGUUUACAUUUAUAAAUACCUAGCAUAAAGGGAAACAAUUCGUGUCUACCUACCCUUACCAGGCCAUUAAAAUGUAGUUUAUUUUAAAGUAAAUAGAGACAAACAUUAUUAUUGAAUGGAUAAUAAUUCCAGUAGUCUUUUAAAUGCUACAACAUUGUUUACACAACGUAUAAUAAAUGUUGACUUUCAGUAAAACUCCACACAUAAUCUACUUAUAUGCAACCAAUAUUACACAAUAUUUUUGAAAUGUUGCGGAAAUCUAUUGAAAAAAAACUUUGGUAGGUAUUACUUGAAUAUAUCUAACAAAAUAAGCGUUUUUUUGUAGAUGUUAAUGCAAUAGCGUUAAAAAUUAUUUUUAAUUACUGAUUAAGUUGUACGUAGCUAAUUACAUAAAUUCUAAUGAGUUCAAUAAUAAUCAAAAAUAUUUUUUUAUUUUAACGAUUCAAACAUUUUAGUUUUAUUUUCGAAUUUUAUUGUAAAGGGAUCUUAACACAAAGCAUUUAUGUAUUGGGACAAAGAAUGUUUAUAAUUAUGUUCUUGUAAUAUAUACCAUAUUUUUUCAUCUCUACAGCUUGGUCAGCUUGGACGUAAAGGACACAUUGAAGUAGAUUGUUUAAUUACAUAUUAGUUUUUUAAUAUAUUUCUUGAUAAUGCCCAAUUUACAUACAUAGUGUUUAAGUUGUUGUUUUAUUGUAGUAAGUGUCACGCUUCUGUCAAGUGUAUUAAGUAAUAUGUAGUUGUUAUAAAAUAUUAUCUUAAAUAGUCUUUACUCAUGUGCCUGUUACUUAUAUGAAGCGAAAAUAAAUAUAAUAAUAAACAACUUGUCAAUUUAAUUUCAUAAAAAUAUUAUUUUUUGUUUCAUCUGUUUGCAUUUUGUUAUUUAAAAUAAACAUAUCCUUCUUUUUA